CCCCCCGCCCCACCCCCCCCGCGUCCUCUCCGCUCCCGCCGCCGGCCAACGGCUCCCCCUGCCCGGCCCCCGGCGCCCUUUCUCGACGGCCGCCGCCGGGUCCUCGCCGGGCGGCAGCUCUGCGAGCCGCAUGCCGGGAGCCGAGGAGGAGCAGGAGGGGGCGAGAAAAAAAAUGAAUUCUGACAGCUCAGCACUUACCAUGAGUAGCCCUGCUGUAAUAAACCAAUGUGCCAGAGGAGGAAUGAAAGAAGAGAAACUUUGGCCGAAACAACAGCAACAGAACAAUUUUACCUUGUUUCCUUCUACCAAGGGCUGGAAUUUCAGAGGGAAGAAACGAAAACAGAGUACUCAAGAUGAAGAUACAAUCAGUAUCUGCAGCCUGGAUACAAGUGAGCCCAGUAACAAACGGGUCAAGCCACUUUCCAGAGUUACAUCACUAGCAAGUCUCAUUCCUCCUGUACGAGCCACUCCAUUGAAACGGUUCAGCCAGACACUUCAGCGUUCUAUCAGUUUCCGUAGUGACAGUCGCCCAGAUCUGUUGAGUCCACGACCAUGGUCUCGAAAUAUGCCCCCUGCUAGCACAAAGCGGAGAGACAGCAAACUAUGGAGUGAGACCUUUGAUGUUUGUGUCAAUCACAUGCUUACUUCUAAAGAAAUAAAGCGUCAGGAGGCUAUCUUUGAGCUUUCCCAGGGAGAAGAAGACUUGAUAGAAGAUCUGAAGUUAGCAAAAAAGGCUUAUCAUGACCCAAUGCUUAAACUUUCCAUAAUGACAGAGCAAGAGUUGAACCAAAUUUUUGGAACAUUGGACUCUCUAAUUCCUCUACAUGAAGAUCUUCUUAGGCGACUUCAAGAAGUCAGGAAACCUGAUGGAUCAACAGAACGUGUUGGCCAUAUCCUUGUGGGCUGGCUUCCAUGCCUAAACUCCUAUGAUAGCUACUGCAGCAACCAAGUAGCAGCCAAAGCUUUAUUGGAUCACAAGAAGCAAGAUCACAGAGUGCAAGAUUUCCUACAGCGCUGCUUAGAGUCUCCUUUUAGUCGAAAACUGGACCUUUGGAAUUUCCUUGACAUCCCAAGAAGCCGUUUGGUUAAAUACCCAUUACUGCUCAGAGAGAUUUUGAGACACACACCAAAUGAUCAUCCAGAUCAGCAGCACCUUGAAGAAGCUAUAAAUAUAAUUCAGGGCAUAGUGGCUGAAAUCAACAUCAAGACUGGUGAAUCUGAAUGCCAGUAUUACAAAGAGAGACUUAUUUAUCUUGAAGAAGGCCAAAGGGAUUCACUGAUUGAUAAUUCACGUGUUGUAUGUUGUCAUGGUGAACUGAAGAACAACAGGGGAGUGAAACUGCACGUCUUCCUCUUUGAAGAAGUGUUGGUGAUUACUCGAGCUAUCACCCAUAAUGAACAGCUCUGCUACCAGCUGUACCGGCAGCCAAUUCCAGUGAGGGAGCUUGUGCUAGAGGAUUUGCAAGAUGGAGAGGUGCGAUUGGGUGGAUCCAUACGUGGUGCAUUCAGCAACAAUGAGAGAAUCAAAAACUUCUUUAGAGUCAGCUUCAAAAAUGGAUCUCAAAGCCAGACUCACUCACUCCAAGCCAAUGACUCCUUCAACAAACAACAGUGGCUUAACUGUAUCCGCCAGGCCAAAGAAAAAGUUACGUGUGCAGGCAAAGCUGGCGUGCUGAACUCAGAAGCACAUUUUCUUCUGUCACCAAAUGGAAGCAGAGUACCCCAGGGAGAAACCACGCUCGAGCAAAUGGACCAAUCAGACUGUGAGUCAGACUGUAGUAUGGACACCAGCGAGAUCAGCAUCGACUGUGAACGUAUGGAACAGACAAACUCUUGUGAAAAUGAAAAGCAAACAGAAACCAAUGUUUGACAAAAACUCAAGAGUUCAUGGAAGAAAGUCUGUCUCUUACCUGUACAGUAUUUGCAUUCCAUACAUGGAACCAUUUGCAGAAGCACUUUUAAAUUUUUUUUUUUGUGACAGUGUCAAUGCAGUCCUUGUAUUCGUACCUAUGAGUGUCGUACUGUAACUGCCGAUCUGUGUAAGCUGGAAUCUCUUGCAACUCAUGUCCUGUGAUUAUAUUCCAUAAACAUCUAAAGUGGAUGAAAGAGGUACUUGACCAGUUAUUCUCAAUGUCCUGCUGUAAACAGAAUCUCUAAACUGCUGUUUAUAUGAGAGUUACAUAAAGAAUCUUUUCAUAAUUUUUAAAGUACUUUAUUUGCCCUUUAAUGGGGCAGCUGAAGAUGUGGUCUUAAUAUGGAGUUCCAGGAUAGGUAUCAAGAUCAUAAGUUUUCGUAAAGCCAUGGAAGGAAAAAAUAGUUUCUUGGAAAAAAGAAAACCAUCUUGCAAUAACCAGUCUGAAUUCUUACAGUGUUAAAUCAACAAGAACUAUAAACAAUGGGCCAUGUAACUAGUGGCUCUUUAGGGAUUAAUUUUUCAAAAUGAAGCACUGUCCUAAGAUCCAGCAGCCAAACUUAUUACAAUCUGGUCAGGUAAAGUGGUCAGCAUAGUGCUAUGGUUUAUUUAUCAAAGCAUGUAAUGCUAAAAAUAAUCAACUGGGAAAAAAAAAACCAAAACAACAAAAAACCCCCAAACAAACAAAACCAAACGCAACUGAAUCUCUACAGCCAGCACUGAAUUAAAUGAAAUGCUGAGAAUACUGGGUAUUUGUAAAUAAGCUGGUAGUUUGUUUUCAGUGCCAUAUAUAUAUAUGUGUAUGUGUGUGUGUAUAUAUAUAUAUAUAUAUAUAUAUAUAUUAUUCCGAACAGGAUAAGAAUGAAAAAAAAGCUUUUGCUUGUGAAUAGGCCCUCUUCAGCAUUUUGCACUCCACUGACCUCCACUGUUGGUUUUAAGCACCACUAAACUAAUGUUAAAGCAUUUAAUUUUCUGUAAAUGUCUGUUUACAAUUACAUGCAGUUGGUUUAUAAACUAAGUGACAAUUUUAUACAAAUGGUGCUCUACAAAUACCCUAUGGGAUUAUGUAGAGAAAGUUUAAACAAAAAGGGAAUUGCUUUCCUUUAGGAUGUAUUACAUCCUUUAUAUUUUUCUCAAGUUUCGUUUCAGAAGUUUUGUUGCAUUUAAUUUCAUGCUGCAAUUGGAAACGUUACUGUGUUUUCUGGUGGCUGAUUUAAUCUACUCAUUAUGAUGAGAAGCAGAUGAGUCACUUAAACGCAGUCUAAAACACUCAAUUCAACAUCCUGUUACUUUUCAGGAAUCCCUGGGUAGUAUUUUAUUUCUUAGUAUGGGAAAUAAUGCCAGUGCUGUAUGGCAAGCUACGAAAAUGAUAUAUUAAUAAAUUUAAAUGAUCCUUGAUAUUACACAAGAUAACCUGUGCAAAGUACUUCUACCAACAAAAGUGAAAAACUGAUAAGUUAUUGCCAAAAACAUUUUUCUUGUGUUCUACAAGUUUACAGAAAAUAGUAAAUGUCAAGUAUCUUACUAUCUAUGCUGAUGUGCGUUACAGAAAUCAGCACGACAAGAUGAUAAAUCAAUAUAAAACAAGGUAUUUUUAUUUUUUAAACAAAUGUCAUUUUUACCCGAUAGAACAUAUUUCUGUAUUUAUAGUUUUUCAAAAAAGUCAGUUUUCUGUAUCAGGCUUUGUAAUUUAUUUCAACUGCUUCAUUUUUAGAGCUGAAUGAAUAUGCCAGUGAAGCUGAGAGAAAGAAAAAACCUGCAGAAGGCAGGCAUAGGAAAGCAUAUUAGAUGAUGAACCAUUUUCAUAAAACCUAUUCAGCAAAAUGUUUAAAAAGAGAGAAGAGCAUGUAAAGUGUUCAGACAGAGAAGAAAGAAUGAAUGUGUGUAUUGAUUUUUUUUAAUAAUAGCCUUAAACUUUUCUGGAAGCAUUUCAAAUAAAUUACAUUAAACCAUUUUGAUUUUUA